AUGGAGGGUGGACGAACAGGGAAAAGGAAGAGCGCAGGGCUCACAGAUGUAUACCCCGAGACUGUCAGCUCCACAGCUGAUGUGGAAGUUCCCCUCUACAAGAAGUUCCCCCAUGUACCAGAACUGGCUGGGGUCUCUCCGGCUGCACCUUCCUCCCUUCACACAGCUGCCACCCCUACCAGGAGACGUCACCGAACUACCUUCAGCCAGGACCAGCUAGAUCACCUGGAGGCAACUUUUGCAAAAAACCAUUACCCUGAUAUUUACUGCCGAGAGGAGCUGGCCAGGGCUAUCAAACUCAAUGAGGCUCGCAUCCAGGUUUGGUUCCAGAACCGGCGAGCCAAGCAGCGAAAGCAGGAACGAGCGCUGCCCAAACCAGGCCCCCCUGGUAUCCUCUGCCCCCUGCCUACACCCCCACCUCGGCAGUACCAAUACCCCCCCACUCUUGGGUCACAUCAUCACCUGCCUCGCUUUCCCUCCACCUACGCUCUGCCACCCCCACCUCCCCCUGCUACUUCUGCCCAGUUUUCCUGUCCUGCCCCCCACCACCCUCAACCCUCCCAUGCUCACGAAGACUGGUACAGCCCUCUGCGCUCCAUUGGCUCCCCCACAGCUGCUCCGCCACCUCCUGUGCUCUCUCUGAGUCUCGACCCCAGCACCCACUGGAACUAA